CUAUUCGAGCAGUUCGAGCAGUUCAGUGGCUUCGACAUUUGCGAUAUGAGCCUGCGCGUGCGCAAAUUCAACCGCACAAUGUCGACACUGAACGGAACGAUUUACAUACGGCAACCGAUGGGCGAUAAUCUGAAGCUCUACACCGAUCUCUUCCACAGUCGGCUCGGGAACCAGCAGUUCAAUCACUAUCCCGCCAAACUUCCCACGGCUGGGUUUUGUGAGUUCGUCCGUAAUCUACACGCCGCGUACGGCAAACACCUGGUGGACAUCGUGAACGGACCACAACCGGACGAGUGUCCGAUUAAGGCGCGAGAAGUGUACAUACUGGACAAGGUGUUUCCCUCGUCCACGAUACCACCCGUUUUUCCCACGGGCCUGUGGAAAAUGGUCAUUACCGGGCGCGUGGACGAGGAGGAUAAGCUCCGGUAUCAGAUGGUGCUGCAUGUGCACGAGAAGGACUUCUUCGGGUGA